UUUUUAUUUGUCGCUAUUAAUUUUUCUUUAAAAGCAAAAUAUGUCUGAUUUUCUCGAAGUCUUUGUUCACCCAACAUGCUCUUAUAUUCAUUCUAUUCAAGAUGGUGAUACUGUUUUAGAAGAAGCAAACUCUGAAAUCUUAUCUACAGCAUCGAUUAAUGAGUGGCUUCAAAAGAGUCCAAGGGCAAGAGCAACACUUGUCAUGUUUGAUGAUGAUACAAGUAUCGAAUUACCUGUUUAUGCUUUACGUCGUAGAAAUGCUAUUGUUGCUGAACUUCCUGAUGCCCCUUUAUUCUUUGCAGGAAGCGAUUAAAUACUUGAAAAAAAAAAGUUUUUUUUUUGCACAUACUCAAAUAUUCACUAUACAUAGAUACACACUUCCUUUUCUUUUUCUUUCUUUUUUUUUGUUCUGUAAAUGGUCUCUUUGUCUUUUUCUUUUAUUAUGCAUUUUUAUUUCAUUUCAUUUCAUUUCAUCUCCCUUCUUUAUUUCAACAUAUUUGUGAAAAAAAAAUGUAUCAGUAGUGUAACAGUAUAUUUUAUUCUUUGUUUUUGUUCGGUUAUCCAAUAAAAUCCUUCCUUGUAGAUCUCGUACCUUUUUUCCUCUUUCAAGCUUUGUAUUUACAUAAAAUAUAUACAUUUAUUUUUAUUUUUUUUAUUUUUUUUAAAUUCUUAUUCUUAAAAUGAAAAUGUUUUGGCUGCUGUUUGUCCUUCCCAUCGUUUUUCAUCAUAUACAUCAUUCAUUAAUUGUC